UAAUAAUUUGGCAUUUAUUAAUUAAUUUUAUUCAAGUAAUAUAAAUACUGAUAACUGGAGCCACGUCUUCAGUCCAAAAAACAUUCGCCAACUAUACACAUAACAAAAACAAACACUCUCUUCUCUUCUCUUCUCUUCUUCUCUCUCGAUCUCCCCCAAAAAUCUUCAGAUCUCCACUUCACCGGAGAUACGAGAAAACACUCACCGUGAAAAACCAUGAUUCCUUACGCUACAAUCGAAGAAGCUUCAAUCGCACUCGGACGAAACCUCACACGGCUCGAAACUCUGUGGUUCGAUUACUCCGCCACAAAGUCCGAUUACUAUCUCUACUGUCACAACAUUUUGUUCUUGUUCCUCGUCUUCUCUCUCGUUCCUCUCCCUCUUGUUUUCGUCGAAUUGGCUCGAUCUGCUUCUGGUUGGUUUAAUCGGUAUAAGAUCCAACCUAAGGUUAAUUACUCUUUAUCUGAUAUGUUCAAAUGUUACAAAGACGUCAUGACCAUGUUUAUCCUCGUCGUUGGUCCGUUGCAACUCGUUUCUUAUCCUUCCAUUCAGAUGAUUGAGGUUCGAUCUGGAUUACCAUUACCAACAAUAACAGAGAUACUGUCACAGUUAGUAGUCUACUUCUUGAUAGAAGACUACACUAACUACUGGGUCCAUAGAUUCUUUCAUAGUAAAUGGGGUUACGACAAGAUUCAUCGAGUUCAUCACGAGUAUACAGCUCCGAUAGGAUAUGCUGCUCCAUAUGCACAUUGGGCUGAAGUUUUGCUUCUCGGAAUCCCGACGUUUAUGGGACCAGCUAUUGCUCCUGGUCACAUGAUAACCUUUUGGUUGUGGAUAGCUUUAAGGCAAAUGGAGGCUAUUGAGACUCACAGUGGAUAUGAUUUUCCGUGGAGUCCAACAAAAUACAUCCCUUUCUACGGUGGCGCUGAGUACCACGAUUAUCAUCACUACGUUGGAGGACAAAGCCAAAGCAACUUCGCUUCGGUGUUCACUUACUGUGAUUACAUUUAUGGAACUGACAAGGGUUACCGAUUCCAAAAGAAGCUUCUUGAGCAGAUCAAGGAAUCGUCUAAGAAGGGCAACAAGCAUAACGGAGGAAUCAAAUCCGAUUAGUAGAAACCGGCGAAGAAGAUUUUAACAAGUUAAAGAAUUGCUAAGCAUGCACUACUACUACAAGUUACGUAGUCAGCUUCACGAAAAGAGAAAGGGAGUGGUUUGAAUUUUCGGGUGUGUCUUAUGUCAUCAGAGUUGUUACUAACUACGACAUAUGUGGGUCAUGCAUGUAUAAGUGUGUCGGGACUGGGUUUUGCUCUUUCUCGCAUUUUUUUAAUAUUUUGUUUCGUCUUCUUGAAGAAGAAAGAAGAUGUCAUCAUCAAAGCCUUGUUUGUUUUUCAUAGUAAAGUUUGUAAGAGAACCUUGUUCGUAAUACUCUUCUUUAUUAUUUAC